AUCGCAUUCAUCCUUGGUUUCAAAAAAGAUUUAAAGCUAGUGUGAAAAAUGUGCCUCUGCAGCUACCAUAGAAUAAUCUAAUAGCAUUGCAUCCAUCCCAUCCCCCAUCACCCUCCUGCAUUUAUUGACACAUAAUGAAUUUAGCAGAAGGCAGUCACAGCUGGUUUCACUAGCUCAUGCAUGGUAGGGAAAAAUUAUUUUACACUUGUUAUCCUCAGAAACAUUAUUGCAAUGUGCCUUUUCUAUCUCAGCAGUUGCAUGGAUGUUGAUUACAGUAGAGGGUUAGUAUCACAGUAUUGGGUGUUCUAAAAAAAAAAAAAGCCUGGCGUUCUAAAGGAAUCAGCAUUUAUUUUUCUAUUGCCCACUAUUUCAUAAAACCAAAAAAUAAGGAUUCUAUUGAUGUCUGACAAUGACUGGGACAGGAAAAUGGACUAUUUGGGUAUUCUUCUGUUUUGAUCACCUGAGGGGAGUUUUUGGUAAGUCAAUAUCCAUGAUGUAAUUGUAUCUAUUAAGUCAUACUUCACACCCACAUUGUUACACAUUAGAAUGUAAUCUAUACUUUGCAUACAUCUUGAACUAAAACCUCUUGUCUUUUUUUUUUUUUUUAUUUGUUUAUUUUAUACUAUAGAAUAGGUUCAGUAAAAGUGUAUUUGUACAUCGAUGUGUUUGUUUCUUUGCAAAUAAAACUCUUUCAAUAUUUUAUUUUCAAGUGGAUUUAUGCUAUUGCUUGUGUGAUCAUUCCAUUCCUAAUAAUAAUGCAUGUGGUAUGUAUGUUCCAGUAUUAUAGCUCUAAUAAUUUGACAGUUCUUUAUUGUUGAUUAUUUAGGCAUUUCUACAUGUUUGCAUACUUUAUCUUUUUUUUUCUUGAAAGUCUUUGUAGUGUUUAUUGUAUGUAUUGUUGAAAACAAGAUUGAUUGUUUUAAUUUUCACUUAUUCCAGAUUCAAACCGAAAUUGAUAUUAAAAUAGAUAUAGUCGCAUUGCUCUCAUUUACAUUCUACAUUACAAAUGCGUAUUGGGUCUCAUUUGAACAUGUGUGUUACUGUAACUUUUUUUGUUUGCUUGUUUAUUUUUACUUUUAUUACUAUCUCAUUACAAAAAUACUUGCCACUAAAUAUGACCUCAUUUGUUGUGAAUAUGUCAGAAUAAUCCAGUUGUAGAAAGGAAUCCAUGAAUGUAUUAAUGUAAAACUUUUUAACAUACACCUUGCUCCUGCAAUGCAUUUCAGAAUUCCAGAAGCAUCAUUUUGAAAGUAAUUAGAGAUGUCAAUUGGUAUAGAAAGAAUUAUUUUAUUACAAUAAUGAUACAUGAGGUAUAUGUAAAUAGACUACUGUGACUACAAAGCAAAAAUUAUUUAUUGAUCCUGUAAAAAAAUUCUAGCUAAAGGAAUACAUAGACACUGCACAUGUAUGUAUUAUACACAUAUAUUAUACACUUGUCCAACAGUCACUGGAUAAUUCUCAUUGGUUGCAUAUACUCACAGGCCCUCUCAACAUUUCCUUAGAUGCUAUUAAUCUAUGUCUUCCUCUCAGCCAAUCCAGGUAAUCCCAUAGGAUUCAGUGGUAGGACUAUACAUUUUCAUUAAUCUCUGGCAGAGGGGGUGUAUAAGAGUGUGGACAUGUACAAUAAUGGCUGGCUGCUUUCCACUGUAAACAUGAGAACCUCUUGCUUGUGAUGAUGACAGAGAUGUUUAUUAGUACUUUUUGGGCAUGUGCCCAUUUCUCAUUGAGAGUGCUAUGCUGGGGUUCAUGGUGAAUGUACAAAUGUUUGCUUGCACAUGUGUGUUUCACCACAGCAGUGGCAAGUGUGUGCGUGUGUGUUUUGUGGAAAACACACGGUAAAAAUUUAAAAAAAUAAAAAAACUGACAUACAUUAUUUGUAUUAUGUGCUCAUUUUUGCAAUUUUCUAUUUUUAAAAAAACAACAACCUUUUUUACUAUACCAUCUGGUAAUAAGGAAGCAAUGUGUUAUUUUACUUAAUUUCAUGUAUUUUAUUUAAUAUCACAAAUUACACUGCCACUAUAGUGUGCCUAUGGGAACAAAAUAUCAAUUGUUUAUAUUUAAAGGAUCACUCCAAGCACUACUGUAGUUGUUAUGGUGGAUCAUGUCUGGCCCCUCCCUCCCCCAUCAUGAGCCAAGUAGUGCAGUGCAAGGCCAGCUCCUUGACUGAGACAAUCAGUAUAUUGCUUUCAGCUGACACGCUAAGGCCUACUUCCGUCCGGGCUUUUCUCAGGCAGAGCGCUUUCAACUCGCUCAAGGCUGCAGUGAGGCUGGAAGUGGUGCCUGGGUCCCCAAGAGGUUAAACUUUAAAGUGGCUUUGCCAUUUUCACUGGGUGGGCACUCUUGGCACCAAAAAUAUUUUCUUGCCUUAACAGAACAAUCUGGUCUAAUUUAUUUCAAUAACUAUAUUAAUUAAAACAUAAUUCUGAUUUAAAACAAAUAUUUGAUUCAUACUUAUAGUUUUAGAGUACUUAAAAUGCCAUAUCGUACUUGAUGCUGCCCU